AUGACUCAAAUCCCGACACCUGGCGAAUCGAAUGAAGCUCAGGAUCCGUCGACAUUUGAGUAUCCCAUUCACCGCACGGGAGAGGAUAGCCACGAAUCCUGCGUCCGUGUGCUACGGGACCUACACGAGACACUAUCGCCAGCGGACAUCAGGCAGCUGGAUAUCCUGUUGCCAUGGAUCUACCAUAGUAACGACCUCAGUCGAGAGUUCCUUACCAAUGUUGUAUUGUGGCAUACCGGCGAGCCCUGCUUGUUGAAUCCACAUAUCCACAACAAACUCAAGCCUUUCCUCGAGCUGGACGAAGACGACUGGGUCAGUGCUGCCUUUUCGGCAGACCAUCUCCGCGCCGCAACAUCAGAAUAUAGCAACGUCAGCACUGAACACCCAGACAUCAUCUAUCUCGAGACUCCAGCUCGCAUCGAAUCCCAUAUCUUUCAAACAUGCCUCGAGGUCCUCAGCAGGAAAACCACCGAUGCCGACUUCAAGCCACUCCGGCGUUACGCUCGUGGUAACCUUGACGAACACCUCCUCGCCAUGGACGCCGACGAAUUGAGCGAGCAGGAAUUACUAGACCUCGGUGAACUAAUAUGCGCCAUCCUCUGGGAUGAGGAGGCCAUCGAUGCUUUGUGGGGCUGGAGUUAUGCCAACGGGAUGCUUACCCGAUGGCUGUGUGAGGACGAUGACGCGAAAUUGAAAAAGCUGGUGAUGCUAUUAAAGAAUCCACACGUCAAGGCAGCCUAUACAACGGCUUCGGAACGAUCGAAGGGGAUCACGGCGAUGAUGGAACGACCUGGAAAUGAGGCCCGAAUCCUCGCACAAGUUGCCAAGAGGGAUGCGGCUAGAUGGCUGCAAUCUGUCGACCUGGACCUAUGGGAUCUGGGUCAAGGUAACUCCAUCAUCAGAGAAGUCAGACAAAGAGAUGUGGUUUUGCUAAUGUCGGUCCAGAUCCACUGGGAGGGCGAGAGCAAAGACUGCGGGCCAUGGGCCAGGCCUUCCAGGGCAGAGCUGGAGGACUUUCUGACAUUCGCUCAAGAAGCACUAUCCGUCCCCAUAGACAGUGUGCAGCUCAACGCGCGAACGGCUCUCGCGUUGUGGAAGUAUGACUUUGACGAGGAGGCUGCGGCAGUCUGCUCGACCGCCAAGUCGGACCCGGGAGCUGACAGACACUGGCCUUUGCUCUUACUUCGGGCACGCAUCCACCAGGACGCUGAUGAGUAUGCCGAUGCCUUGGAGUGUAUUCACACCAUGAUGGCUUCAAACGAGUUAUCCGAAGAUAGCGAUGAGGCGUUCACAAGGUCAUACUGGAGCGAGGUAUUGUUCAUUCAAGGCCAGCACCAUCGAUCAUUAAAACAAUUCGAUGAGGCGGCCGAAUGUUUCCUCGGAUUUCUACAGUACAUCGCGAAACAUGAGAGGUUUCAAAGAUCUCAAUGUAGCAGUGCCGUCCUGGAGCUUUUCAAGACCUGGACUGAAGCCGAGAAGUACGCGCUCAUUGUCGACCACGUCAAGCAAUGGAAGCUUGACCAGACCGAUGACGGUGCCCAGGAAGCUGGACUCGACUGGUUCCGAAUUCUCGCACCCAUGACCAAAUUUCAUUCCUACCUGUUACUCGCUGUCGCUCGCACAAACGCGCACGAGGUCAUCGGCGCCCUUUACGACGAUGCCAUCGAGGGUUUCAUUAACGAUGACGGCGAUGAGGAUAGUAGGAGAUUCGCAGACAUGCUCUCUUUCCACCGUGCCUACAUAUUCCUCUAUUGCUCGCCCAGCAUCUCGGAGCAAGACCGCGGAUUAAACACACUCGUGCAAAGGAUCCUCCGCCCAGAUGACAAGGAAGAUUGGACCACCGCGGCGCUCACGGCCGUUUCCCACGCCACGCGGGCUUUGCUCACCCGUGCCAUCGCCCUGCACAAGCAACUCAACGAAACACCCUCACCGCACCACCAGAGAUCAGAAUUAGAAACGAACCUCGCCACCAUAGUAACCCAGCUAACAACCAUCGCAACCCACUCCUCACCGCUCCUGACCGCCUGCCGCCGCAGUCCGGACACAAAUCCCAAUCUCCACCUCGCACGCCUACACCUCAAACUCGGCGAUGAAACCGCAUCCCGAGAAAUCAUCAGAGAUCUCCUCGAAGAGCAAUUCGAUGAUUGGCCGGGACUUCACGACCUGGGAGAGUUAUCUGAUCGGUAUAAUAACCUCGCGGUUAUCCUGGCUGCUGUCGAUGAGGAUUCCGAUGCGGUCGAUGCGUGGCGGUUGAUGAGUCUACCCGGCUAUAGUGAUGGUGCUGAUGGGACUUCGGAAGAUGAAAGCUCCUCCAGACGCAGCGGUAAUAGCGGGAUCGGCAGCAGCAGUAGUACUACUCGCGAAACUUUCGACGAGAUCCCUUCGACGACAGAUGCCCACUCUGAUCGCAAAGACGACGAUGACGAAGAUGACGAGGAGGAGGAAAUGAUCCCGUCCGACGCGGUUCAAUCAACAUCUCCGCAGCCAGCAGAGGACGAUCCCGCCUCCACAACCACCCUCACCGCCGCCGCAGAGUCUAAGACCUCUCCUCCAGAACUCGUCUUCGGCCGGGAACGCACGUUCUCCUGCGACGGGGCCUGUGGCGCAAGCCGUAACCCCCUCCCCGAAGAAUUCCACGUCUGCAGAAUCUGCCCCGACGUCCAAUUCUGCACGCCCUGCCACGCCAAGCUCCUCAAAGGAGUCCUCAAAGGAGGAGGGACUCUCCCAGCGAUCGUCUGUCGUCCCGACCAUGGGUUCUUGUAUCUCCCGCCUUUCGAUCGUACAGCUUGGGCGGAGAUCGGAUCGGAGGCGAUGUUGCUUCACGGCCGCGACAGCGAGGUGGUUUCACGACAGGCUUGGUUGGAACAGUUGCGUGCGCAGUGGGGAUCUCUGCGAUAG